AUGACCGGCGGACCAACAUUUAGAUUGCAAAAGAGACUCGCUGCUGACAUUUUGAACUGCGGCAAGGGAAGAGUGUGGGUUGAUCCAAACGAAUUGUCAGAGGUCUCCCAAGCUACUUCCAGAAACACCAUCAGAAAGUUGGUCAAGGAUGGUAUCAUCAUUAGAAAGCCAGUCGAAGUUAGAUCCAGAUAUAGAUGGAGAAAGAGAAGAGCAGCCAAACUCGAAGGUAGACACAUGGGUAUUGGUAAGAGAUUCGGUACAAAGGAUGCUCGUAACCCAUCUAAACUCCAAUGGUUGAAGAGAAUGAGAGUCGAAAGAAAGUUGUUGAAGAAGUACAGAGAAAAUGGAAAGAUUGACAAGACCUUGUAUCGUGAAUUGUAUCUCAAGGUUAAGGGUAACGUCUUCAAAAGUAAGAGAAUUUUGAUGGAACACAUUUUCAAGGCUAAGGCUGAAAUUGAUCGUGAACAAAGAAUCAAGGAACAACUCAAGGUCAAGAAGGAAAAGCAAGAAAAGAUCAAGUCCAAGAGAGCUGAAAAGUCUGAGUCCAAGAAGAAGAAGCAACUUGAACAAGCCGAACAAGCUGCUCAACAGGCUCAACAAAAGUAA